AAAGUCAUGUGAUUACAUUUUCACGAAAAUUCUAGAUUAAUUAAAUUAAAAUCGUUAAUUCUUCAUAAUGGGGAAAAAACGUUAUAAUUGGAGAUCGAGAGCUGUGUCAAACGUGGAAGUCGAUGAUUCGAGCACUAAAGAGAUUGCACUAGAUAUUGAGCAUCGUGUCGAGGACUAUGACAGUUGCAAUGCACUUGUCUUGCCCUCACAGAAGAGAAAAACGAAAAAUAUAGAUAAGAAAGUGGCAAUUACUCGACUGUUGUCAAAGAAACGUAGGAAACAACUGGAAAAAGUAGUCGAGCAAAAGAAGAAAAAGUUGCAGAGAGUAACAUUGUUAGAAGAUCUGGCAAAAGUGCAAGCAUCUCCUACUGAACUGCAACAGUAUGUGAGUCUAACAUCCUUGCAAAACAAGGGCUUAAAACGUUAUUUUCGAGAGCUUGAGGCACCUGAAAAACUUGAAAAAUUAAAGCGCAAAGCAGAUGAUGAAGAUUCCAAUCAGAUAACUGUGAAUUCUAUUAAAACGAGCAAGAAGAAAAGAUUUGCUGUUCUCAGUAAUAUAAAACAAAAUGAAGCUAAGCGUGAUCCAAACAUAGUGGGGUUUGAGUCCAGUGAUAGCAGCGAUGAAGAAGAUAGUGUCAACGAAGAAGAAAUUGAACCACACAUUCCUGGUGAUACUGUUGCUUCUAAUGUUGUAAUAAAUGAAAAACCUGCAAUAAAUGAAAAAGAAGAGAAAGAUCACAUAAAAGAUGUGGACAAGGAAACAACUUCAGCUGAAAAAUCUGUGAAAAUACAACCACCAAGCGUCAUUCGCAAGCCUGCUGUUUUUAUACCUGUAAAUAGAAAACCUGAGAUACAAGCAGCCAGAUUGAAACUGCCCGUUGUUGCGGAAGAACAAGUUAUAGUUGAAACAAUAAAUGAGAAUCCAAUAGUCAUAAUUACUGGAGAGACAGGAAGUGGGAAGACAACACAAGUACCUCAAUUUUUAUACGAGGCUGGAUAUGCACAAAAUAAAAUGAUUGGAAUAACUGAGCCAAGAAGAGUGGCAGCAAUGUCAAUGAGCAAGCGUGUAGCUGAAGAAUUGAAUCUCUCAGAAAAAGAAGUUUCAUAUCUGAUUCGUUUUGAGGGAAAUGUUACGGAGGAAACAAAAAUCAAAUUCAUGACCGAUGGUGUUUUGUUGAAAGAAAUUCAAAGUGAUUUCCUAUUAACAAGAUAUUCUGUAAUUAUACUUGAUGAAGCGCACGAACGCAGUGUGUACACCGACAUUUUGAUCGGUUUAUUAUCAAGGAUUGUCCCACUUCGUAAUAAGCGCGGUAAUUCUUUGAAGCUAAUAAUUAUGUCGGCUACACUGUCCGUGAAAGAAUUUGUAGAGAACGCAAGGCUGUUUAAAGUAAAACCGCCAGUAAUUGAGGUUAAAGCACGACAGUUUCUUGUGAAGAUACAUUUUAAUAGAAGAACAAGUACAGAUUACGUUAAUGAAGCAUUGCGGAAAGCGAUAAAGAUACAUACUCGCCUUCCAGAAGGCGGUAUAUUAAUAUUUUUAACAGGUCAGCAAGAGGUGCAUACGGUUGUGCGUAAAUUACGCAAGGCGUUUCCAUUCAAAAAGAAUAAACCUCAAGUUAAAAUGGUAAAAGACUCUGAAGAGAUGCCAGAAGCAUCUGAUAAAGAAUCCAACGAAAAUGAUUCCGACGACGAUUUUGACGCCGAGAAAGCAUUACGACGUAAUAAACAGAGGCAAAAGAAGCAAAUUAUACUACCAACUAUAAAUCUUGAUGAUUAUUCCGUGAAUCCUACUGAUGAUGCAUACGAAGAUUUAAUUAAUACACAGGACAACGAUGACAACUUGGACGAGGACGAAGAUGAGGAUGAAGACAUUAUCGAUUUCAAGGGACUGACAAACGCGCAGUCAUUAUGGGUCUUACCCCUUUAUUCUCUUUUACCUGGGGACAAACAAGCCAAAGUAUUUGAACCACCGCCAGAAGGAUGUCGCCUGUGCGUGGUGUCCACCAAUGUUGCGGAAACAUCGCUGACCAUUCCCAACAUCAGAUAUGUAAUAGACAGCGGACGUUAUAAGACUAGAAUGUAUGACAAGGUAACGGGUGUAAGCACGUAUCACAUUAGUUACGCGAGCAAAGCAGCGGCCACUCAACGUGCCGGUAGAGCCGGCAGAACUCGACCUGGUCAUUGCUACAGAUUAUAUUCAUCAGCCGUGUAUGAUAACGAUUUCGAGGAAUACAGUCAGUCAGAGAUUCAGAGGAAACCGGUAGAUGAUCUUUUGCUACAAAUGAAAGCGAUGAAUAUAGACAAAGUCGUGAACUUCCCGUUUCCCACGCCGCCGGAUAUCGUGCAAUUGAGAUCCGCGGAGAAACGACUUACGAUUCUCGGAGCGUUGGAGCCACCUUCGAAGAAACAGAAAGACAUAUACUGCGCGAAAGUGACGCCGCUUGGACGCAGUAUCGCCGCGUUCCCGGUUUCUCCGCGUUAUGGUAAGAUGCUGGCGUUGUCGCAUCAGCACAACUUGUCAAAAUACACAAUAUGCAUGGUGGCGGCUCUCAGUGUGCAAGAGGUGCUACUAGAAGCAUUCGACACUGACGGUUCGGCUAAGAGCAAAUGGUUGGAAACACGUCGUUCCUGGGCCGGAACUGGCAAUAAUUUGCUUCUUGGCGACGUAAUGGUUCUGAUAAGAGCCAUUGGAACUGCCGAGUACGCAGGAUCAAAAGGAAGGCUGUUGACCUUCUGUGAGGAGAAUGGCUUAAGACACAAAGCUGUGGUCGAGAUUAGAAAACUUAGGCAACAGCUCACUAACGAGAUUAAUUUGAAUGUGCCGAAUCUAAAUUUAAUUAUUGAUCCAAAAAUGCCGCUACCAACGGAUACGAAAGCUAAAUUGCUGCGCCAAAUAAUUCUCGCGGGUAUGGCAGAUCAAGUCGCGAAAAAGGUUUCGCUUGACGAGAUAAAAGAGGAUCAGGAUAAGAUUAAGUGGAAGCACGCCUAUAGAACGCUGGAAAUGGAGGAACCUGUGUUCAUGCAUUCCACAUGUGUUCUACGAAAAACUAAGCCGGAAUGGGUGGUUUAUCAGGAAGUGUACGAAACAAAUAAGAUGUACAUGCGAGGUGUUACUGCGAUAGAACCUGAGUGGUUGCCGAAAUUUGCACCUAUGUUGUGCCACCUCAGUGAACCACUGGCUGAUCCACCACCAAGAUAUAAUCAAGAAAUCGGGAAAAUCAUCUGUCGGGUGUCUGGAACGUUUGGAAAAGCUGGAUGGGCGCUCCCACUGAUGGAUAUAGAGCAUCCGUCGACGGUAGACGGUGUCAAGUGGUUCGCAUAUUUUUUCCUGGAUGGUCAAGUAUGUCCAAAGCUGAAACGAUUUGUCCCAUCACUGCUGACGACACCCGGUAGCAUCACCAAAUCAUGGGCAAAGCUGAUACCACGUACUCAAGUGAUAGUACAAACGUUACAAUCGCAGGGAGUUAUGUCCAAAGAUAAACUGAUAGAAAUCUGGGGUUUGGACAAGAAAUUUUUACUGGCCGCAUAUCAGAAGUGGCUGCCAGAAUCCGCGCACGCAGAAGUGGCACGGUUAUGGCCACCUUUGUAAUAAAGAAUGUAAUAUUAAAGUUGUUAUUGUAUAGCUUUUUAAUAAUUAAAUUAUUUUAUAAUAUAAAAAUCGAGAAAUAUGUAUGUCCCUAAUUUAACAAUUAUAUUGUCGUCAUAAAACAAUCAAUCACUCGACUAAUUACGUUACUUUCGCUUUUCGAAGCAAUGAUAUAAAAUACAAAAUCUUUUUUAAAUUUACAUUAGUAAUCGCACUUAUAAUCCAUUGUAUAUAACGUUAAAGUAUACUUUAUCAAUCAUCGAAUGUGAUACAAUAGUGACAAGAAAAAAAAAUUAUAUUACAUGUUGGCAAAAAAAAAGAUAAGAAAAGUAUGUAAUCCUUUUUAUUGUUGGAAAUAAAGCACGUGGAGGAUUUCCGCGACGAG